AUCAAAUUUAGCAUUGCCACUGUCCGGGUCGACAUGGUAGGGCAAUGGGAGCUCCAAUAAAUACUUUGCUGGCUUCUCACUGUUCAGGCUCAGAGAACGUUCCUGUACGUCUAAAGUAGCGUCCGCGGCGGUUCUCAACAGCGGCAGAUCUAUAGAGAUAAUCAACCUUUUCGGUACAGUAGCAUUCAUCUUUGCAUCUUUGCUGAUCCUGAAGUCUUCCAGCUCUAUGUCGGACUGAUGUUUAAUUGAGAAUUUCGGAGUCACGUAUUCGUUGUUUGGGUCUGAAUUUGAGUCCUGUUUGUCCUUGUAGUACGUGGUAGGUGGAGAAGGACGACUUGGUUUCUUUUUAAACCUCUUGGACUGUUGCUCCCUUUUCUCGUCGUAGUCGGACAUCAGUUUCUGGUAAAUUUCCGGCUCCAUGUCCAGUUGUUCUUUCACUGGUUCCUUGGAUGGUUUCCUGAUCACAGAAGGUUGACAGAUUCCUUUGUAAUUCAUCUUCGGAAAUUUGAGGUUCUUUCUAUCGAGUUUCACCUGGAAAACGGAGAAACGAAUGAGUUAAGACGAUCGAAUCGGUGAAAAAUGCGAGCUGUCUUACCUGAAAGUUGCUUUCCACGCCGUCCAUGGCUGUGUCAUUGACAACAUCCCGAAAGUGCGCGUUUUUCGAGGCCAGGUAGAUCGUGUCCGGAUGGAAGACUACGUCGACGACCAUGCAACGUACAUUUUUCUUGUCAAGGUCAUCCCGAGGCGGUGUGAGCAGGUAGGGGAUGUACCAUUCCAAACCAUGAUGACCUUGCUCGUACAGAGGCUGACUGCUCGGUCGCGAGAGGAUGUCACUCUUGCUGAUGUUCAGGAAACAUUUUCUAUCUCCGUUCACACUGGUUUUAAUGACAUAACCGGGCUCCGGAUUAACGAACACAACGUCGACGCCCCGUUCUUUUUCUAACUGCGUGAUCUCUUUUUCGUAGAGCUUCCUAUUUUCCGGAUCGGUCACUUCUUUCGCGUACUCGAUCAACAAUUUACGGAAUUCCUCCUUUUUCAGGCACUCCUUCAAUGUCUUGAUCUCUUCCUUGGUCACCUCUAAAUCUUCCCAAUCUUUUCUACGUGUUUCAUACGCGUCCAUCUUACGAAAUGAUGUCGCGUGUUUGCAAAUAAACUCGUAGGUAGAAAGAUCGCGAAGCUCCUAUACUAACAGGGAUGGCUGCGCCAACUACGCCGGCCGGUCGAACGACGGUCAAACGCGGAACUUACAAACGCCUAAUGGCGUGGACGCCAUUUCUCUCUUAUCAGGUGAUCCCGUUUACCAACGAUCCCAGAGGUCCCCCGAACCCGAAAUUCCCUCUAAGAUCUCCCGUUCCCUCCUUGUCGAUAAGAGAAGAACUCGAGCGUCGAUCAUGCGCCUAAACGUUAACCUUAAAAACAUGUUCAACGUCCUCGUGGACAUAGCUGAAAUGCCAUUCAACCGAUGUAUCUAUAUUGAAUCUAAAUUAUCGGAACAGCGAAGGUCAAUGGGAACAUCGGUCUGCGAAGUGGAAUCAUCGUUCGCGUCUCGAAUCUCGAAUCUCGCUUCCUUUCACCGUACUUGACUCGAUAUUCCACGGAGAAUGUUUUGCACGUAUCGAUAUGUUACGCCUUCUCUCGCGGAACUGGGUCCUCGUCGAAGUUUCCCUAAGAUGAACAGACACGUUCUGAUGUUGACACGCGUACCCGACGCCGGAGCUGAACUGUUAGUGCUGAUUUUCCAGCGGCUACAAGGAUAUAACGCUUUCAAGCAUAUAAGGUUGCCACCUGGCGAUCAUGGGCUUCUGUCGUCUUUGCAAGAGGAGCUGCUAGUGGAAGAGAUUACGAAUAUAAUCAGACAGGAGGCGGUCCCUUUGAGUUUCGACGGGGACGUUAGGUUUUUAAAUUUCUCGAAAUAUGGCCGACAGCCUCCGUCGUUCAUUUCUCUAGUGAGAAAUCCUCUGAACGUACGGAACUUGCAGAGUUACAGAUACCGCGAAAGGAGAAAAAUGGGACUCGAAAGUAGAGCCAUACCGUCGUUCUGCGGGCAAGAUCCACGAUGCGCAGAGAUAAACAACAAAUGGGCAUUGCGACGAGCUAAAGCGAAUAUAAUCGAAUGGUACCCAGUCGUCGGUAUAUUAGAUUGCAUGGAGCAAUCGAUAAGCGUAUUGGAACAGAAGUUUCCAUACUUUUUCCGCGGCGUUAGGCAAAUUUAUAAAAAGAUUCGGUCCAAAAAGAAGCACAUCUCCGAUAUGUCGCUUUCACUGGUACCACGGGAAAGGGAUAACUUUUUGAAACACUUCGGAGACGAGAUAGAAUUGUAUCGGUGGUUGAAAUUUCGCCUAUUCAACGAAACGUUAAAGAACGUUGUAGAAACUUGACCCGUACAAAGCGGAAGGUUACCAUGUCCGUCUGUCGCCUAGUUACAAAUCGUACCAAAGAUAAUUUUCUAUUGAAUAUUUUCCGGUAAUUUAUUUACCGAUGGGAGAACGAUUGCUUCUUUGUAUAAUAUAGAACAUCUUUACGAAGGAUUCUACUACGCUCUAGUGUGCGGUUAACGGUACACGUGGUGCCAUCUUUGAGCGAACGAUGGCGAAUGGGUAAGCGAUCGUUAAAAUGAAAAUCAAUGUUCUUAUGUAUACGAAUAAACAUGGAAA